UAUACAAUAUUUCGCUUAUUCGCAAAAUGUCUUAUCUACUAAUUCAAUAUACACGAUCACGACCACCGCAUAAAAAUUUCCUCUGCAUUAUUUAUUGCUACAACAAUCUACAUAUCACGGUUCGGAAAUGGAAAUGGCUCGUGUUUGUGGCCACAAACCACUGCGUUUUAACGCUCUCUCACAAAGCCUCCACAACCACAAUUCCCGAGGACUAGUACUAUCCAUGGUUAUCAAACGAAGUCCCAAACGUCUCAAAUACACAGAUACAAAAACUCGCUUCAACAAGGAAGGAGGUUUGGUUUACAUUGAAGCUGAUCCAUCUGGCUCUGAUUCAUGGAGAUUGGAACCAGUUGUUAAUCUCUUGAAACAAGGUGCUGUUGGAGUCAUCCCUACUGAUACACUAUAUGCAAUAGCAUGUGACCUAACAAACCAUUCAGCCAUUGAACGACUUCGAAGAAUCAAGAAUAUAGAUGCUUCAAAGCCGCUUAGCAUCUUAUGCCACUCAUUUCGCGACAUAGAUAAGUACACAGCUGGGUUUCCGUGCGGUGAUGGUCAAGGCAAUGCAAAUUUAUUCAAAGCUGUUAAGCUUUGCUUACCUGGUCCAUACACUUUCAUCUUAAUGGCGAGCAAAGCGUUACCAAAACAGUGCAUAAGGUUUGGAACUACUUCUGCCAAAUAUGCAUCAAGAAAAAAUGUGGGUGUUCGAAUGCCCGACGAUGCCAUUUGCCAAGCAAUACUAAAGGAGAUGAGUGCACCAUUAAUAUGCACAAGCAUCAAGUUCCUCAACGAAGACGAAUGGAUGAUUGAUCCAGUUAUGAUAGCCGAUACAUAUGGACCAGAGGGCCUUGAUUUUGUUGUUGAUGGUGGUGUAAGAUUGGCUCAAUCGUCCACUGUGGUCGACAUGACCAAAUUGCCUCCCAGAGUUCUACGGGAAGGAAAGGGUACAGUUACAGACUGGAUGUUAUUGGAAGAUGAUCAGGAAACUGAUGUUGAAGAGGAUCUCAUCCCUGCUGCUAUUUGAAUGUUAAUCAUCCAUGAUAGAAGAUUUAGCAUCAAAAACCAGUUAAUGGCAUAGGCACAAGGUGGAAAAUUUGAUGUAAAUAAAAAUAUAUACUUUUGUAAAUGUUGACAUAGUUGACCAUGUACCCUUUUUUGUUGACCAGGUGCCCUAAUACUCAUAGGGCUGCCUGGGUUCUUUUUGCAAUUAAUUCAAAUUAGUUUUUUCA